CUAUUGCGACAUGUGCAUUCUGGGAUAUAGAAUUCAAAAAUGGCUUCCGAUAGCGAAUCUGGAACUGAAUAUGAGGUUGACAAAAUCCUUCAGCAAAGAAAAAGGAAGGGUAUCAUUGAAUAUUUGAUCAGAUGGCAAGGCUAUGGAGCAGAGCAAGACUCCUGGGAACCAGUCAAAAACUUAAAAGACUGUGCCGAUAAAAUCAAAGCUUUUAAGGAGUCUGAAAAUGAGUCUCCCAAAAAAAGAGGAAGAAGGAAGUCAACAUCAAGAUCUAGGUCAAGGUCUCGUGGAAGGUCAGCUUCAAAGAGCAGGAAGUCUCCCGGUCGCAAGAAAGCCACCCCCGUCAAACAGGAGACCCCACUCCGUCGGUCCAGCCGAUCUCGCUCCAGGGGGCGCCAGCAAACUACAGUCGAGACCACCACUAGAAAAGUGGAGGAGUUUUCGGAUGAUGAAGGCAGGUCCAAAACAGUGAUUACAGAGACGGUCACAAAGUCUAAUGCCACGUCAGCACCAAGGAAAACCAAGUGGAGUAACCCCCUGGAGAGCUGCUACAGGUACCUGACCAGCUCCGACUACCCCGUGAUGAUUAUCUUUGUCUGUAUUACACUCAUCACCCUCAGUUUUCUUCUGGAGCCUUAUGUCAAGUAAGAAACCUGGGAAUUA